UCAGGCGAUCUACCUGCCUCAGCUUCCCAAAGUGCUGGGAUUAUAGGUGUGAGCCACCACGCCCGGCCUAGUUCAAAAUUCUUUUGUAGGGUUCAUUGAAGGUCACUAUUCCAAGGUAUGGGCUUUAGGAUCUGGAAAGAAUCUAAUUGAUUAUCCAAUCUGUCUUGACCAAUUUAUAAAGGAAAUUGAUUUACUGAGGACUGAAGAGGGUUCAUUGGUUUUCCUGAAGUCACACAGUUGGGUCCAGAAUUCGGGUGUCCUUGCUUGCUCAUUCCUUUCACUACUUCCGCUGUGCUCUGAAAUCCCACCACUGGUUUUGAGGAAUGAGGAAGAAAGAAAAAGUGAUCUCGAAAUAGUUACUGACUAACAGGCACUCUCUGUGGGUAGGUGGCUCUCUACCCUGCUGCUGCCGCCUCAGCAGUCAGACUGGGAGGGCAGGCUUGCAUGGAGAGCCCUGAAGUCCAGGCUAGUUGGUUGGAGGAUGGAACUUAAGGUUUCAACUGACUCCUGUCUGGCAAUUGCCCUUUUAGGGUCUCCUCUACCCCUGUCACCUGGGAGUAAACCUAAUCUUUAGAGAUCUGAGGGUCAACGUAAUCAACAGAUAAAACCGCCAGUUUACACAGCAGCCCUGGGCCAAACUAGUCCCUUAGAGACCCUCAAUCCAGACAGGAACUAGGGCAGAGCCAAGCUGCUGGGGUCAUAGAGCGCUGAAGUGGAUACCCCUGCUGAUCUGCCUCCCAAGGCCUAAGGUGGCCACAGUGCUGUGCACAGCCACCUGUGGCAUCCUGCUGUUGGUAGGCUCUUGUGCUCAGAACCCCAGAAAAAGGGCUAGAUCAUACUGAUGAUAAGACUGAUAGCUUUUUUUAAAAAACGACUUUCAAGGUUUGGUUAGUUUUAUCUUCAUGACCUCUGAUUUCCCUGUGGAGCAAAUGGUAAAGUAGGGGUGGGUGGAGAGGGACUUUGGCAGACCCUGGCAGACUGUGGACAAGGACAGCCCUGAACAGCUGGCCCUGAGACAUGAACUGGAACAUGGUUGGAGCCGAGGACACAGGACUAACAGGAAAGGACACAGACUGCUGUUAGGACACAUGCUACCACACACCCGAGGCCAGGACCCUGCUGACGUGGCAGACCUCCACCCUGGCCCCUUACUGCCCCCCGCCCCUCUCCCCCGCCUGCCAGCUGCCAACAGGGCUCUGCGUUGUGUCUGCCACACCUGUCACUGCCUAUCCUUGUCCGGGGGGGGCCCCAUCAGCCCCUCCUCAGCUGCCCAGCAGAGCAAGCAGCUAGUGGGGAGGGGAGGGAACAUGGAGCGGGGGCCGGUGGUGGGGGCAGGGCUGGGGGCCGGGGCCCGAAUCCGGGCACUGCUGGGCUGCCUGGUCAAGGUGCUUCUCUGGGUGGCCUCUGCCUUGCUGUACUUUGGAAGCGAACAGGCCGCCCGCCUUCUGGGCAGCCCCUGCUUACGGCGCCUCUACCAUGCCUGGCUGGCAGCAGUGGUCAUCUUUGGGCCCCUUCUGCAGUUCCAUGUCAACCCUCGGACUAUCUUCGCCAGCCACGGCAACUUCUUCAACAUAAAAUUUGUGAAUUCAGCCUGGGGCUGGACAUGCACCUUCCUAGGGGGCUUUGUGUUGCUGGUGGUGUUCCUGGCUACACGGCGCGUGGCAAUAACUGCCAGACACCUGAGCCGACUGGUGGUGGGAGCAGCCGUGUGGCGGGGAGCCGGCCGAGCCUUCCUGCUCAUCGAGGACCUGACUGGCUCCUGCUUCGAGCCACUGCCCCAGGGUCUGCUGCUCCACGAGCUGCCUGACCGCCGCAGCUGCCUGGCGGCCGGCCACCAGUGGCGGGGCUACACAGUCUCCUCCCACACCUUCCUGCUCACCUUCUGCUGUCUGCUUAUGGCAGAGGAAGCAGCUGUGUUCGCCAAGUACCUGGCCCAUGGGCUGCCUGCUGGCGCCCCCCUGCGCCUUGUCUUCCUGCUGAACGUGCUGCUACUGGGCCUCUGGAACUUCUUGCUGCUCUGUACUGUCAUCUAUUUCCACCAGUACACUCACAAGGUGGUGGGUGCCGCAGUGGGCACCUUCGCCUGGUACCUCACCUAUGGCAGCUGGUAUCAUCAGCCGUGGUCUCCAGGGAGUCCAGGCCAUGGGCUCUUCCCCCGUCCCCACUCCAGCCGCAAGCAUAACUGAAAGAAAUAAAAGCCAUCGGGCCUGGC